UUAGUUUUACAAUCUCGCUAUGAAGUUAAUGCCGUUUAUAAUUUUAUUCACUGCAUUAUCCUUCUCUUUCAUUCCUCUGCAUUAACCACCACAGACAUAAAGACAUUCAGGAAGAUUGAGUUCUUCGUAUUCAAUGGAAGCUUCAACAUCAAAUACAAUUCAAUACCAGACAAUUCCAAAUGAAUCUGAGACGGGAGAGUUAUUUGAAUUUGAGGCAUUAUUAGAAAUCCGCGAAAGAGAUGGUCAGAGGAGAAUAGCAAGCAGACCGAAUAAUUUCAGGUCGACCUCGAAUACGACAAGGCGUUUAUCUCCUUCCGCGACAAGACGUUUAUCUCCUUCUACCAUUGACAACAACAAUGAUGGUAGUUACAUUGAUACUGAACAACAAGGAUUUUUUAUGCGGCGCGAUCGUGAUAAACUUGUACUGGUCAUGUUGAAGCAGACUGCAGGACCUAGACAUUUGCGGGUCAAAAAUUGCUUUGGAAUGUUGCUGGCACCCGGCAGAAACUUACGUCAAUCAGACAUGUAA